CCCCCACUCUUCCAACUGGUUCUUCUUCCGACAUAAACAGAGACACGGUUUUCUUUUCUGGCUCUCGCGUUUUUGCAUUUGGUUAAUCUACUUGGGACUUGAUUUAAUCUCUUUCGUUUUUGACUUUUUUAUGCGCUUCAAAGUGGAUUAAGCUCUGUAUCUAUUGAAACGAAACGAUUUCAAAUUUGGUCUUUGAGCGGUUUGUUUGGAUAUUUGGAUAAGUGGAUGAUCGGGCUAUUCUAGGGUUUUCUGGUGACUGAUGUCGAAUGUUGACAUUGGAGGAUUCCAAAAAUGACAGUUUACUUUGAUCGCGAGGCCACCAAGCUAUGCAGGAGAAUUCACACAGAGGCAGCAAUAGAAAUUCUACUUCUAGUUGAAAAUUGGAAGCUUAUUUUUGCUGGAAUCGUGUUUCAGUGCCUACAUGGGCUGGCUGCUCAUGGAGUUCACUACUUACAUCGUCCAGGACCAACACUUCAGGAUGCUGGGUUCUUCAUUCGACCAGAACUUGGUCAAGCCAAUGCUUAUAUCAGUGAAUCUUUAUUCGGAAUCAUUUUUAGUUCAUUUGUCUUGUGGACCUUUUACCCUUUUGUUUUACAGAGCAAAAGAAUCUACACAGUUCUGAUAUGGUGUAGGGUUUUUGUGUAUCUAGUUGCUUCUCAAAGUCUGCGCAUCAUCACAUUUUAUUCAACCGUGUUACCUGGUCCAAAUUAUCAUUGCCGUGAGGGCUCAAAACUUUCCCGGCUUCCCUAUCCAGAAAAUGCAAUCGACGUUCUCUUAAUUAAUCUUCCUUGAGGGAUCCUAUAUGGCUGUGGUGAUCUGAUUUUUUCGUCACAUAUGAUAUUUACCUUGGUGUUUGUACGAACAUAUCAAAAGUAUGGUUCAAGAAGGUUCAUUAAGCAGUUUGCGUGGCUACUAGCUGUGAGUCAGAGCCUCUUGAUUGUAGCAUCGCGAAAACAUUAUACAGUAGACAUUGUUGUUGCAUGGUAUACUGUAAACUUGGUUGUGUUCUUCAUUGACAACAAAUUGCCAGACUUGCCUCAUCGGUCUGCUGGAUCAGCAGCAUUUUUUAUGCUUCCUUUGAGUUCCAGAGAUAAGGACGGCAAGAGCAAAGAAGAGUACCAGAAAGAACGUAGUGACGGACGUACGUACUUCUCAGCACAAGCUGAAGAUUAGGUUCAGUGGCCAUAGAAAGCUAGCAAAUAUUGGAAAACUGUUUAAGGUAAUUAGAUAUUAUGGUAAGUAAUUCUGAUUUUUAUUUUGGUCAUCAUCAGAUUUGUUGGAAGUGAUUUUUUGUUACCAUUUGAAAUAGUGGUCUACUCUUGGUACUUCUAAGUAGCCGUUUUACAUUUUUUAA